UAUCAGAAUGGCCGUCCGUCUAGCCUCAACGGACGGGUCUUCCUCUAUGUCGUGUUGUCCCAUAGAUCCCACGCAGCUCAUCUGGGGCUUAGUGACCACAUGACCGCGCCUGGCGCGUCUGUCAUUUCGUUCAGCGCAUUGUUUUGUUCCGUUCGCAAUUCGUGUCCCCCCAUAUGGGAAACGAUCACCUCUAUAAUUGUGUUAUAAUUUUUCGUAGCUUUUUUUCACUGUUUUUCCUGUGUUGUAUUUGAUAGGUUGUUUCUUGUUCAAUGAGUAAAUUCCGUUCAUAGUUUUAUUAUAACCCGUCAGCGACUAUGGCGCAGGACAUCAGCAGUACACCUGCCGAGGAGCGACCCGGAGGAGGCGUGGAGGGAGAUUUAGACAUGGACUCCGUUAGUCCGUCGGACAGUGAAUUUGACGACGUGUUGGAGAUCAACCCGUUCGACGGAUUGCCCUACUCCUCGAGGUUUUACACGUUGCUCAAGGAGAGGACGGAUCUGCCGGUUUGGAAAGCUAAGAGUUACUUCAUGGACUGCUUAUCCAGCAACCAGUUUGUCAUAGUGAGUGGGUCUGCCAAGACCGGUAGAAGUUCUCAAAUACCCCAGUGGUGUACAGAGCUGAGCCUGGCGGAGCGUUACGAUCGCGGUAUGGUGGUGUGUACUGAGACUAGCGGCCAGCAGGCGGUGGACUUGGCCCUUAGAGUGGCCGACGAGAUGGACGUCAACAUUGGCCAUGAGGUGGGCUACAGCGUACCCCAGGAGACAUGCUGCUCUGGGGACACCGUGCUCAGGUUCUGUACAGACAGCAUGCUACUGAGGGAGAUGAAGGCGGACCCCCAGCUGAGGCGCUACGGUGUGGUGGUGGUGGACCAGGCCCACCAGAGGACCCUGGCCACCGACCUGCUCUUGGGCCUGCUCAGGGACGUGGGCAGGCGGAGGCCGGAGCUCCGGAUGGUGCUCCUCACCUCUAGCCACCCUGGACCCAGGCUGCUGGGCCACUACCACGCUGGCUCCACCCCCAGCUCAGUGGUGGGGCCGCACAUCCAGCUGGAGAGCCCCGCUGGGGGGGAGGUGGUGUUCAGUGGAGGUGGUGAUUACUUCUGCUCCUCUGUGCGUCUGGUUCUGGAGAUCCACCACUCCAAAGAGGAGGGCGACGUGGUUGUGUUCCUGGUCACUGCACAGGAGCUGGAUCUGGCAUGUGACCUGCUCUGGCAGGAAGGCUCCAGUCUGCCUCCCGCACUGGGCCAGCUCUGCCCCACCCCGGUGCACCCUGGGCGGGCAGGGAGUCUACCCAGCCAGCCUGCCUCUGGAGGCCGACGGGUGUUCCUCACCUCCAGCCCCAACGAGGACUUCUUCUGGGCUGUGGGCUCCAUAAAGUUUGUCAUCGAUGCUGGGCUCGGGGAGAGAUACGUGUACAUCCCCCGGACCAGGACGUACUCCGCCAUGGUUCAGCCAAUCAGCAGGGGGGAAGCAGUCAGUCGCAGACAACUCACUGGCCCAACAGGCAAGUGCUUCUGUCUAUACCCCGAGGACCGGCUAUUGCCCGACGAGACACACCCACAUAUCCUGGAGUGUGACAUCACUUCCUCCGUGCUGUUCCUCAAGAGGAUGGAGCUCAGUGGCGUGGGCCCAUGUGACUUCAUCGACCGACCAGAGCCGGAGGGCUUGAUGCAGGCUCUGGAGGAGCUGGACUACCUGGCGGCGCUGGACGAUGACGGAAACUUGUCUGAGAUGGGCAUCAUCAUGUCUGAGUUCCCGCUGGACCCCCAGAUGGCCAAGACCCUCCUUGCCUCCUGCGAGUUCGACUGCGUGGACGAGGUGGUCACCAUCGCUGCCAUGCUCACAGCACCCAGCUGUUUCCGGGCUCCCUCGGUAGGCCUGAGAGCAGAUCCGUCCUGCCGGAGCCUCAUGAAGUUCCAGCACCCGGCGGGAGACCACUUCACCCUCAUCAACGUCUUCAAAGCCUUCCAGCAGAGCCGGCAGGACCCCUACUGCAGGGUAGAGGAGUGGUGUGAGGCCAACCACCUGAGCCUCUCUGCCCUGCGUAGCGCCGACCGCCUCCGGGACGAGCUCAUCCACAUCCUGAGGAGGACGGAGCUUCCCAUCUCCACGGCAACCUUCGGAUGUCGCAGCAACACCCUGAACAUCAAGAGAGCCCUGCUGGCCGGCUUCUUCAUGCAGGUGGCCCAGGAGACAGACGGCUCGGGGAACUACUUGAUCCUGACCAAUAAACACGUGGCCCAGAUACACCCCCUGUCGGGAUACGGAGCCCGGACCCCCAAGCUGGGGCUGCCGCAGUGGGUCCUGUUCCACCACUUCUCCUUCUGGGAGGACAACUGUCUGAGGACCGUCACACGCAUCGCUCCCGAAGAGUUUAUUGAGAUGGUGCCUCAGUACUUCUUCUACAACCUUCCACUAAGUGGGAGCAAGGAGUUUCUCCAAGACCUUCUGAACCACGGUUCUCCUCAUUCUCCAGGGAGGGAAACUGCUUCGUUGGAAGAGGAGCAGCAAGCGGACACACGCUGUGUCGUCCAGUGACUUGUAUCCCCCGCAUAUCCGGAGCACACUUGAGGAACAUCCGAGGUCUGCCUCAACACAAUCAACUUUUAAAUCAGGGCUCAAAACGUUUCUACUUGCCACAGCUUUUUAUGUAAAUGUAGGUCCGACCUGGUUAACUUUUUACCAUUUACAUUUAUUUUAAUAUUUUCUUCUAAAUGAUAAUGUAUUUUAUUGAUUGUCCUUUUUAACUUUAGUAUACAUGGGAUCCCUGCCUAUGUAAUUAAGCACUGACCAAUGUGUUUGAAGGGUGCUUUAGAAAUAUACUUGGCUACAUUACUCCUGAUUUUACAUCAGAGCAAUAAGGUUAUCCCUUAGCUCUGCUGCACCACUCUAUGUAUUUCAAAUAAAUCAGUAUCAUUGCAUUACAUUAUGGUAAAAUUAUAGCAAUGAGCAACUUAAUCACAUUCAUGUCAUAAAAUUCUCAGUUAUUUUGUUUUAUCUCAUAUUUUUAAGAGAGGGAUCCUUUAUUCAGCAUUUGCACUUUACAAUAAAAACCUAAUUGAGCUAAAUUCUGUUUUUUCAUACUAUU